AUGGCUGUUCCUACUACAAAACGACGGAAAUUGAGCCACAGCCCUACUCCAGAGAGCGAAGAUAAGUCUGCAGACGAGACAGACAACACCGAUCUUGAAGACGAUGCUCAGACAUCUGCGACGCGAACAGACGGACACAAAGACCAAGCCUCCAAAGCGCAAAAGAGUCGUGAGGGGAAGAGGAAGCUUAUGCAUAACCCGUUGUUGGAUGGAGGAGUCUACAAUGGCGAGAUAUACAAAUCAAACAUCUUCAAACUGCAAUUGGACCGACUGCUACGAGAUUCCAGGCAGAAGUCAAGCGCAAGGGUGGAAUCGAUAGACAAGGCACUGCGUAUGGUAAAACAGAUUAUCGAGAACGCUUCGGAUACUCCGCCGGUCUCUAUCAUCGAUGCAGAAAAGGAAUUGAAGAGGAGCCAUGGAGUCGCCAUACCAUUUCCCAGUCCUCGGCCGCCCAAGGACGCAAAAUAUAAGUUGGAAUUCAGGAAGCCUUCUCACAUCAACGUUAUCGGUAGCUAUCCCGCUCAACUGGCCACCCAGAAGAAUGGGCAGAUCUCAGUCGAUCUCAUGAUAUCGAUGCCAACUGCGCUCUUUCAAGACAAGGACUUUCUGAACUAUCGCUAUUUCUACAAGAGAGCGUACUACCUUGCUUGCGUCGCAGCGAUCCUGAAGGGCGACAAGACUCAUAAGCUACAAGUAUCUUAUGAGAUGCUCCAUGGCAAUCAGUUGCUGCCAGUUGUAAUAGUACACACCAAUGAGACAUCUGCACCCGCUGGGUUUUGCAUUCGAAUACUCCCAUCGAUUGCGGAAUCCGUUUUCUCGGCGGAGAAGACGCAGCCCGACAGGAAUUGUGUUCGACCGCAGCCUGGUCUUGAUUCAGAGAAGCAUAAGCUUGAACCUACACCAUUCUAUAAUGCAUCUCUUCGCAUAGAUAGCUCGAUGACACAUUAUCUCAAGCUGAUUCACCGAGCGUCCACGAUUUGCGAUGGAUUCAGGGAUGCCUGUAGCCUUGGGAGAUUGUGGUUACAGCAACGCAAUUUGAGCUCCGAUAUACACAGCAUUGGCUUUGGCAACUUUGAAUGGGCUGCUAUUGUGGCUACGCUAUUGCUGACAGAGAAGUCCCCAAGUGGCGUGUCACUGUCCCCAGGGUAUAGCAGUUACCAGUUAUUCAAGGCAACGCUUCAAUUUCUGUCGUCACGAGACAUCAGCCGAAACCCAUUUCUGACAUCGAGACUGGAAUGUAAGUUCCCGAAAAAUGGAACUCCCGUUUUCUUUGACAGCCAAGCUGGCAUCAACCUAUUGUUCCAGAUGUCACCGUGGUCUUAUAAGACAUUACGGGACGAAGCGGCGCUCACAGUGAAAAUGCUUGGAGACAACAUUCACGACAAUUUCGAAGCAACUUUCAAAAUCAAGGUCGACCCGCUACUACUGAAGCACGACAUAGUCAUGAAUGUACCUGUCGGUGCCCUGUCAAAGGCUGUCAAUAGCAGCAGUCUAGAUCCUCUCCCUCAUCUAUUCAUCCACAAAGUCUAUAGUCUGCUUGUAAGGGGAUUGGGUGACCGUGUGUCAUCUAUUGCGAUAUAUCCGCCCCACCCUUCACCAUGGACGAUCGACUCCGCGCGAGUCCAACAAUAUGUGAACACGACACUUGAUGUUGGGUUCUCUGUACAUCCAGUGCACAUUGCAAGGACAAUAGAUCGUGGGCCAUCCGCUGAAGACAAGCAAGAUGCUGCAGCGUUUCGAAAAUUCUGGGGCGAAAAGGCCGAGCUUAGAAGAUUCAAAGAUGGUAGCAUCGUUGAGACACUCGAAUGGUCAGCCAAGCCUGAAAGUGGUACGAUUCUUGAGCAAAUCGUGUUGCACAUCCUUGAGAGACAUGUUGGCAAGACUGUGGCAACGGAAGUGAAGUUCUCUGGGGAGAAUUUUGGUAAGCUUCUGCCAGGUAGUGCGCCGCACCCCAGUAUUGCUCCAUUCAAGCCCAUCAUGACAGCCUUUUCGACACUAGAACGUGAUCUGCGAGGCCUAGAUGAGCUCCCCCUGCAAUUCAGACAUGUGCUCGCGGCGUCGUCGGGUCUCAGCUAUAGUUCCGUGAUGGCACCGCUGUCUAAAGAGCACGACGUAGCCGCGCAGCCACUGGAUGUGAUUAUAGAGUUUGAAGGGUCUGGAAGGUGGCCUGACGAAAUUCCAGCCAUCCAGAAGACGAAGAUUGCCUUUCUUCUGAAAAUUGGUGAGCUGUUUGAGCAGAAAGCCGAUGGGACGACGACACGUCUUGGACUGGAUAAUCAAGAGAACAACAUGCUAAACCAAGCAUAUCUGGACAUAAUCUACUCGACGUCUGCUGCAUUCCGCCUCCGUAUCCGUCUCGAUCGAGAACAAGCCACCCUGGAACGAGUCAAGGCCAACAAACUGACGGACGCAAAACAACGUGAGAUAUACUCUCAAGCAUUAGCAGUAUACAAGCGCCAUUCGUUGGUCAGUCCGUCGCACGUGCAGGCACUCCAGACUCUAAGCACACGUUAUCCAGCCCUGUCGCCAUCCAUCAGACUCGUCAAGCGGUGGUUUGCGGCCCACUUGCUCACAUCUCACAUUCCUGAGACUGUGAUAGAGCUGCUUGUUGUGCGAGCAUUUCUCCAGCCGUUUCCAUGGGACACGCCUUCGAGUGUAUCCACUGGCUUCGUGCGAACGCUGUACUUCCUUUCCCGCUGGGACUGGCGCGAAGAUCCACUCAUCGUAGACCUCUCUGGAGACAUGACCAGCGAUGAAUUCGAGGCAAUCGAAGCAGACUUCAAAUCGCUUAGAGCCAAGGACCCAUCGAUGAAUAAGGUAGUGUUGUUUGCUGCUUCGAGUGUGGAUCGAGCUGGCACCACGUGGACCGAUCAAGGGAGCCCUCCCCGAGUGGCAGCGUCACGCAUGACAGCUCUUGCGAAAGCAGCCACGCAAGCCGUUCUAGACCCACUCGUGAAGCUCAACGUGAAGUCUCUCUUCACCUCGUCUCUCAAGGACUACGACUUUGUCAUCCACCUACACGCCAAAUACACGCGCGCAGGCCGGGAAAAGAGCGUGACUCUCGCCAACGGCCAAUUCAAGAAUCUCCAGCUGCAGGCCGCCAGUCUGCAAAACACCAAGAACAUUGGCUACGACCCUGUCGCCGCGUAUGUGGAAGAUCUCAAAUCCCUCUACGGGAGCUGUGCCGUUUUCUUCCACGACAACAGCAAUGGUGGGAGGGUCAUUGCGGGUCUCUGGAACCCGGCUGUGGUGGGCAGAAAACACUGGCGAGCCAUGAUGCUCUACUCUACCAUCCCGAAGAUACCGAGGGAUGACGAGAAUGGGAUGAGUUCGUCUGUCAACGUGGAGGCUAUAUUGAGUGAGAUGGCAAGGCUGGGUGGGGAUAUGGUUAGUAAGAUAGAGCAGCAGAAGACCUUUGCUGGCGUUGAGUAG